AUGUCUAACGGCGGCUAUUCAGACCCUGCGUCCCGCGUCAUCAUCAACGAUGCAGGAACGGAGACUGUUGACCGUGAGGUGAUUCCGAAGGUGGCAAGGUCUACCAACGUGACCAAGGUCGACGCCAGCACGCUGGAUAUCGUCCAGUUUUUGAACUGGGCAAACAAGGUGACCGUGGAGGAGCUCCUAUCAACGCACUCAGUCCAGGUCAGAGACUUAACCCCGUCCAACAGGACUCAAUCAGCCGAUUGGGAGUGA